CGAAUCGUGUUGUGAUUAAUAUGUUAUAAAUACUUGUCAGUUGUCAAAACCAUUCACAUCAAUAAUCCCUAUCUUAUGAAGCAUAUAUACCUGAGAGCGCUUUAAACAAAAAUCAUGUUGAAAAUCCAAAUUAUAAUUGUCUUUCUCUUUAUCUCAUUCUUUUCAAUACAUAUAGUCCUUUCCCAACUUAAUUUCCAAAAGCUUGAUCUACCAUUAACUUCAUCAGGCCCUGAAGCCUUUGCUUUUGACUCCAUUAACUCAGUGAGUGGAGAAUUCUAUACAGGCAUCUCCGAUGGUAGAAUUGUCAAAUAUAAUACAACUAAUUUCAUAGAAGUGUAUAUCACUGCACCAAAUAGGUCGAGAUUAUGUGAUGGAACAAAUAUGUUGGGAGCUAUUUGUGGGAGACCAAUAGGUAUUGAGUUUUAUUAUAAAGAAAAACUUUUGUACAUCGCGGAUGCAUAUAAAGGGUUGCUUGUGGGAGGUAAGGAUAAACUUGCUGUACAACUAGCCACAGGGGCUGAAGGGGUGCCUUUUAAAUUUCCUGAUGGCUUAAAUGUUGACCAGUUAACUGGAGAUGUUUAUUUUACUGAUGCAAGUUCCGUAUUCGAAAUGAGCCAACUACCACUAGCAGUUCUAGUGAAUGACGCAACAGGAAGAUUACUAAAAUAUAGCAAGACAACACAACAAGUAUCAGUUCUUCUAAGGGGCCUAGCUGGAGCAGCCGGCGUGGCCAUAAGUAGUGAUGCUUCAUUUGUUCUUGUAACUGAGUUCAUAACCAAGAGAAUCCAGAAACUUUGGCUUACAGGUCCUUUGGCUUUUACAUCCACUGUUAUUAAGGAAUUUGAAGGUAGACCUGAUAAUAUUAAGAAGACCCAAAUAGGAGACUAUUUUUGGGUGGCAGUGAGCACAAUGAGCCCUAUUGGUAUAACAAUCUCUUCCGCAGUAAAGAUCGAUGGAAAUGGUGUCGUUUUGCAAACCAUCCCUCUUGACCGCUAUUACUUCAAUACCGCAAUCAGUGAAUUUAACCAACGUGGCUCGAAUUUUUAUGUUGGCUCCCUUCAGGCUGGUUUUGUUGGUUUAUUGAAUUGAUGAAAGGGUUAAUUAUAUAUAAACUAAAAAUAUACAUGUG